GGCGGCCCUCUUGGUUGAGGGCGGAAGUGAUCCCUCCGUGGCGCAGGCUCUGUUCACAGGGUGCCUCGGACCCACGUGGAAGCGGCCCUCAGGAAGGAAAGAUGCUGCGCCGCGAAGCCCGCCUGCGUCGCGAGUACCUGUACCGGAAGGCGCGCGAGGAGGCGCAGCGAGCCGCCCAGGAGAAAAAGGAGAAAGUGCGGCGAGCGCUCGAAGAAAACCGUCUAAUUCCCACUGAGUUACGCCGGGAGGCCCUGGCCCUACAAGGGUCCUUGGAAUUUGAUGAUGCUGGUGGUGAAGGUGUGACCAGCCAUGUAGAUGAUGAGUAUCGAUGGGCAGGAGUUGAAGAUCCCAAAAUCAUGAUCACUACUUCUCGAGACCCCAGUUCCCGCCUGAAGAUGUUUGCAAAGGAAUUGAAGCUGGUGUUCCCAGGUGCCCAGCGCAUGAACCGAGGCCGACAUGAAGUGGGGGCACUGGUGCGAGCCUGCAAAGCCAAUGGGGUCACUGACCUCUUGGUUGUCCAUGAGCAUCGAGGCACACCUGUGGGACUUAUUGUCAGCCACCUACCUUUUGGCCCUACGGCUUAUUUCACACUAUGCAAUGUGGUCAUGCGACAUGAUAUCCCCGACCUGGGCACCAUGUCAGAAGCUAAGCCUCACCUCAUCACACACGGUUUUACCUCCCGGCUGGGAAAGCGAGUCUCUGACAUCCUUCGUUACCUGUUUCCUGUGCCCAAAGAUGAUAGCCACCGAGUUAUAACUUUUGCAAACCAGGAUGACUACAUCUCCUUCAGGCACCACACCUACAAGAAAAAGGACCACCGAAAUGUGGAGCUGACUGAAGUAGGGCCGCGCUUUGAGCUAAAGUUAUAUAUGAUUCGCCUGGGCACACUAGAACAAGAGGCCAUGGCAGAUGUGGAAUGGCGCUGGCACCCAUAUACCAACACAGCACGCAAGAGGGUCUUCCUGAGCACUGAGUGAGCCCACUGGCCAAUCAAGAUUUGGACUUGAAAAUUGGGAGUUGUAGGGCACUGUUACAGACCUACUGGACCCAAAUUGGAGAUCAGAGGGAUGUGAAUUAAUGCUCUGUCACCUGCCUAUCUCUGACUAGUCAGAAGGGUCCAUUUUCAGGCCAAACCCAUCCUUGGCUGGGGAACCUUAUGUCUAUAUCCUGGUGGUAUCCAUUUGAGGGUUAACAAUUUUUUCUGAGUCUAGCAUAAUAAACACUGUUGUAUAAUCCCAGAGCUCCAGAAGCCGAGGCAGUAGAAUCAAAUGGUGACUUCCAGAUUACCUAGUGAGACUAUCUCAAAACAAAAUAAACCAGAAAUUUAAAAACACCAUUAUACCCAUUGGAAAAUUUA